CAUCGCCCCCAGGCCCAGCGUGGAGAAGUGCCAACCCCAACACCAGUGGCCCCAGACCCACAGAACCCACAGCCAGCGCCAACUCCAGCUCAACCCUGCUACAACUCCAGAGGAGCCCGCUCCCUGAUGGGCCGCUAUGGCGACAAGUGCCAGUUUGCCCACGGCCUCAGCUGCCACCCCAAGUACAAGCCGUACCUUGCACACCACUGGCUUCUGCCCCUAUGGUACCCGCUGCCACUUCAUACACAACCCCGAGGAGGAGCGAAGGCCUCGCUUGCACCAGAGCGCCAGCCUGCGCCCAGCCUCCUCCGGCGCUAGACUGGGCCACACUGCGGGCGGCCUUCAACCCUGACCUGGUGAUAGAGCCGGCCCGGACUUUGGGGCUGGGCAAGGGAGGGGGACGAGGUUGUGCUGCCACCAGCACCACCAUCACCCGCAGCUCCAGUGGGCGUCCGGCCUGCGCCAUGACCAGCAGGAGCCCGUCCCCAGACUCUCUCCAGCCAGCACAACUCUAGCAGCAGCGGCUCCGAAUCGCCCGGUUUCAAGCAAGGCCGGCUGAGGGGGGGUGGAGGUGGAGGGCUGCCGGGACCAACCCGGUGGGAUAGGCAGAGCCGAGCUGGACCCAGCGGCUGCAGCACCCCUCCUACCCAGGGCCACAUCGGGAUGGGGACGGGGACGCCCCAACAGCAACUCAACAGCACCCACAGCGACGGAGAGCCGACCCCGACCCGACUACGGACGAAACGCAAGCCUGCACACAAUGCAGCACCACCGUUGCCAAGACUGUUUUAUAGCUAGUGACCUAUGACCUGGGCAUGCGCAGUCAGAAUACCGAACUCGCUUAUUGUGAACGUUGAUUAAUGUGGUCUGUAGUAAUAGAGCAUCAGAAGGUCAGUUGGGUUUUGCUGAAUUGCAGGUUCCACAGUGUCUGUUAUGAAGUGAAUUUGCAGUUAAAUCCUCAAGUUUACAAGAUUGCUUUAUACCAGAAUAAUUAUUUUUAUGUUCUGGUAAUUAUAUCCCUUGUCUACCUUAUGCAAAACAAUCCAACCCCAUUCAUUCCUCCUGGCCUGCACGUGUAAAAUAAAUAAGGAAUACAGUCUGUAGUUUUGGAUUCAUUUGGGAUUAGUUUGACACGGACUACAUUUAUAUAAGCAGUGUGGCUUUUGGUUGUUAACAUUUCAUUAUUGAUUCCUUGUUGUAAUAUCACACUUACAUGGAGCAGUUUCAAUGACUGACUUUUACUGACAAAUGUAUUUUACCAAAUUACUGUGCAAAUAUUUUUCUCUUUAACCUCCCCCAUCAUCCUCCCAAAACCCUGGUGAAAAUUAACCGAAGCUAUCGACAAUAGAAGACAAGGGGGAGGGAGACCCAAAAUUGUCACUGACAUUGAUGAGGGAAGAGUCCCAAGACAAAAAGAAGAUAGAAGCAUUAAGAUGAAAGGAUUUGUUUACCUUUGUGGAAGAUAUUUGGAAAGAUGAAGAGGACAGCUGUCAUGGCUAUUUGCUAUUACUGUUAAUGUUCAUGAAGAAAAGAAAUGUGGAAGAAGUCAAUUGUCAAGUUUUGUGUAAUAAUUGAAGCUCAGGAAUAAGUGAAGCUGAAUUGGGGAAAAAAAAGAAUGCAUGCUAAAAAAAAAGACACGAAGUCCCACAAAUAGAAUGUGUGCAGUGUGUGAAGUGGGAAGAUGAACCAAGAUUCGCGUUCCCCAUCUAAAUCUGCAAGUGAAAGCCUGCGUGGAUCUGGCAAGUCUGCCAGCCAUUCUCCAGCACAUUCUGCUGAGCGGUCUCAUUCUAAGGAUGGGUCAAGGCACUCCCGGUCCAAGUCGCGAUCACGUUCACGUUCCAAAUCCAGGUCUAUAUCUCGAAGGAGUUCCCGGAGACGUUAUUCAAGGUCUCGAUCUCGCUCUCAUCGGAGGCGAUCUAGAAGCAGGUCCUACAGUCCUGAUUAUAGGCGCCGCCGUAGCCAUAGCCGGUCGCCUAUGUCAAAUCGGAGACGCCAUAUUGGUAAUCGGGCUAACCCUGACCCCAACACUUGUCUGGGAGUUUUUGGACUAAGUUUGUACACCACUGAGCGAGAUCUGCGAGAAGUAUUUUCGAGAUAUGGUCCUCUUGCAGGCGUCAAUGUCGUUUAUGAUCAACAAUCAAAUCGUUCCAGGGGUUUUUCUUUUGUCUAUUUUGAAAAUGUUGACGAUGCUAAAGAGGCUAAAGAACGGGCUAAUGGAAUGGAAUUAGAUGGGCGCAGAAUCCGUGUUGAUUUCUCCAUUACUAAAAGAGCUCAUACGCCCACCCCUGGAAUUUACAUGGGAAGACCAACCUAUAGUUCACGUCGCAGAGACAGUUAUGACAAAUAUGACAGAUAUGAUGACCGAGAGUGUUACAGCAAAUCCUACAGAAGACGGUCGCCCUCUCCCUAUUACAGCCGGGGUGGUUAUCGCUCUCGCUCCAGAUCACGCUCCUACUCUCCACGUCGUUACUGAAGACCCCAUGUAUCCAAAUAGCAAACAUAAGGCCAACAGACCAGCUGAUCUAUUUGCUUCAAAUUUUUUAUAUUAAAUAAUUAUUUUUAGUCAUGUUUGUGUUUGGUUCUCCCCCUUCCCCCCCCCCCC